AUCCAUAAUUAACAUAGUUUCUAAAAAAAGGUGCGCAAGUAACCACAACCUUCCUUUUCUUUCCUCAAUUUAGUAACUAUAUGAGUGAUUGAUCCGCCAUUGUUGCGUAAUCUUUUUGCAUCGUCAUGUAACUAUCUAAUUUAAUCUUCUUAUAUUUCUCUAAUAUAAAUUUUUUUCAACUUGUUUAUUCUGAUUUAUUUAUUAUUUAUUACGGAGUAAUUAAGAAUUGGUUGUUUUUAUUUUUUGUUUUUUGGGCGAAAUUCUGAAAAAUUUGUCUGUUUUUUAAUUUUAAUAUUUAAAGUAUUAGGGUUUGUGGUAAAUGAUAGUGAAUUGUGUUGUGGGUUCAAAUCAAAUUGUAACCAUGAAACGAAUCAAGAGAUUGAUCUCCGUUCUACCCGAAGAGCUCAAAUUUUCAAUUGAGCUUAAAAAGCAAAGCUAUUGUGACAUGAAAGUUACUAACAGAACAGAUCAGAAUGUUGCUUUUAAGGUUAAGACCACUUCCCCGAAGAAGUAUCGUGUAUCACCCAAUGCUGGUAUUAUUCGUCCUCGGGGUUCAUGUGUUAUAAGAGUCACUGUUCAGGCCCAACAGGAAUAUCCUCCAAAUAUGGAAUGCAAGGAUAAAUUUCUUCUUCAAAGCACAAUAGUGCCUCCGAAUAGUAAACUUGAUGAUCUUUCACCUGAAAUUUUUAACAAGGGCGGUGGAAGGAUCGUUCAGGAAUGCAAACUCGACGUUGUGUAUGUCUCAGCAAACUCAGAUCAGAAUCAAGAAUUGCAGCGCGUGAAGAAAGAAAGAGAUGCAGCUAUUCAAGAAAAGCAAAAACUCCAACAGGAAUUGGCUUUGCAACGACAAAAUCCGCAACCCCGCCUCAAUUCUGGAACGCACAAGAUACACGCACAAUACAAGCACUGGACAAUCUUUUGUGUGCGGAUAUCAUGGGCGCGCUCAAGUACGCGUUCCAGAUAAAACUUUUUGUCUCCACGAACUAUGAAAUAGAUUAUCUUCACUAGUUUAGAAUACAAAUAAUUCUUUGCAUAGCAUAUAUUCUACUCCUACCUUCAUAUUUUUCAUUUGCAUACAGAGUAUUGACUGCAGAAAUGGUAUGCACUGUUGUAUU